UGCUUUGUGCUUUUGCAAACCUAUCAUAAACUGCAUAAGUGAUGUCUUCAAGUCGUUCAGAAUUUCAUUUCAAUGGAAUUCUUUUCCCUUCGUUUAUGAAUCCUAAGUGGAUACCUGAGAUACCUGACUAUCCUGUGUCACCUGAGGACUUGUAUGUAGUGGCUUAUCCCAAGUCUGGAAUGAUGUGGACUCUCCAAAUUGUGUCCCUCAUCAAGACUGGAGGAGCACCAAAACAGAAGCACAAUCUGGAAACUAUACCGUGGAUAGAAGUCAUUGGAAAAGAAAUUGCACAUGCUCUACCACCUCCCCAUACGUUUAUGUGCCACUUACCAUAUCAUAUGAUGCCUGGAAGAGACCCUGCUCAUUCUUCUGCUAAAUACAUUUAUAUAACUAGGAAUCCAAAAGAUGUUGUUGUGUCUUACUAUCAUCACAUGAAGCAUACUCAUCAUUUAACUUUCACUUUGGGCUGGGAUGCAUACUUUGAGUCAUUUAUAAAAGGAGAUGUUUUCUAUGGUUCGUGGUUUGACCAUAUACUGGAAUGGUGGAAGCAGAAAGAUGCUGACAAUAUUUUGUUUAUGAAGUAUGAAGAUAUGAAGAAGGAUCUACCCGGAUCAAUUAAAAGGAUAUCACAAUUUAUGGGGUAUAGCCUUGAGGAGUCUGCCAUAGAUACAAUCGCAAAACAGUGUACCAUUGAGAGUAUGAGAGCUGAUCCAUUAGGUAAUCCUGACGAAUAUCCAGCUUUUAAGGCAGCUGUUGACAAAAAUACUUCUUUCUUACGGAAAGGAAUAGUUGGUGACUGGAAGAACCAUUUCAGUGAUGAGCAGUCAUCAAGAUUUGAUGCUGAAUAUGCAAAGAGAAUGGCAGGUAGUGGGUUGGACUUUAUUUAAUUUUAUUUUAUGCUACAAUACUGAUUUUGAUUAUGUAUGUCCUAUUGCUAUUUUUUAUGUUUAUUUUGAUGUUGGACACAGAUAGUUUUAUUGAAAUUUAUUCUAAGAUAUGUCUUUUUCUAAUUUUCGAA